CGCCGCAGGCCCGGCACGCCGCCAGGUACGAGCUGUGCUCCCGAUGCGAGGGAGAAGGGCGGAACGCGGAGCUCCGGUCCUCCGCCAUCUCCGGACCCCGCGCCGUUGCCAUGGCGACGUCGGGCGGCGGAGGCGCAGCGCUGUGCGGGGAGCUGCUGGAUUACAAAACCGAGAAGUUCGCGUUGACGAGGAACCGGCGCGUGGGGCUGCUGCACCGCCUGCUGCAGCUCGCCGUGCUGGGCUACGUGCUGGGGUGGGUGUUCGUAGUGCGGAGGGGUUACCAGGACACCGAUGCCGCUCCCCACGUCUCGGUCGUCACUAAGCUGAAGGGAGUGUCCGUCAGCCGGGCGGAGGACGCGAGGAGACGGCUCUGGGAUGCGGCGGAUUUCUCGAGGCCCCCGCAGGGAGAAAAUGUGCUUUUUCUGGUGACAAACUUCAUUGUGACAGACAAGCAGGUUCAGGGCACUUGUCCCGAGAGCCCCUCUGUGCUGGAUGGGAUCUGCAUGGAAGAUGUGGACUGUCCUAUAGGAAACCCAGUGGUUCAUGGCAAUGGGAUUAAGACUGGGAAAUGUGUGAUGUUCAACAGCACCCAUUCCACCUGUGAGAUCUUUGGCUGGUGCCCCGUGGAGAAUGACACCCUGCCCAGGAAACCUCUUCUGGCUGAGGCAGAGAAUUUCACUCUUUUUAUAAAAAAUACUGUCAACUUCACCAAAUUUAACUUCUCCAAGGGCAACACGCUGCAGACCAACGAUCCCACCUAUUUCAAGACCUGCAUCUACGAUCCCUUUUUCAGCCCUUCCUGCCCUGUGUUCCGUGUCCGUGACAUGGUGGAAGCGGCUGGGGAGACCUUUGGGUCCCUCGCACUGCUGGGAGGAAGCAUCAGCGUGCGCAUUGAGUGGGACUGCGACCUGGACCAGCCUGCUGCCCACUGCCAGCCACGCUAUUCCUUCAUCCUGCUGGACAGGAGGUACAACUUCAGAACGGCCUCCUACUACUGGGACUUGCAGCGGCAGCACUACCGCAGCCUGCUGAAGCUCUAUGGCAUCCGCUUUGACAUCUCUGUGCACGGCCAGGCUGGGAAGUUCGGUAUAAUUCCUGCUGCUGUCAGCUUCAGCACCGGCAUCGCGUUCUUUGGAACUGCCACCAUGGUCUGUGACCUGGUUCUGCUCUACCUGGAUGCGAAGGCUGACCUCUAUUGGAAAGAGAAAUUUGAGGAGGCAAAACCUCCCAAAGGUAAGAAAGAAGCAGCAGCUGAGGCAGAGAGGGCUGGCCAGGACCUGGGAGAUGCUCAGCAAUGCACACUGGAGUGACCUGCAGGUAGAUGUGAUGGGACACAGCUUUGACCCUGCAGGAGGUGGCCCAAUUCUGGCCGAGCACUGGGGCUGGGUGCUGCUGCACUUCUGAAGGAGUGCCAGCAUCAGCAGAAGUCCUUGGUACAUAGAGAGUAUAUGGAGAGUCCUCCUGACACAACAUGCAGCUCCAGGGCCGUGCUGCAGAGCUGCUGCUGGGGCUGGGGCUCACUGGGAUGGGGUCGGUCCGUGCUCAGCACAAGAGGCUUAAAGCACUUUGCGCUUCUUCCCUUCCCACUUGGCCCUGUGAAAAGCAGGGAUGCACUGAAAUAAAGCUGUUCACA